UCCCAACCCCUUUAGCCCACUUUGUAGGCGCGUGCACAGGUUGUGUUCCUCAGGAUAGACAGUUCAAUGGCUAGUCUGGCGGAUAUGGGUACUUCUGAGGGAACUAAUGAAAAAGAAGAAGAGGAAAGCGAUGAUGAUGAAGAUGGCGGCGAAAAAAGAAAAACAGAAUGGACAGUUGAAUCACUACAGCGUCUCCUAGCGGACGCUAUAACUUACAAAUCUUCCCUGAAGGACAUCAAAGUCAUUCUUCGCUGCGGGGCGAACGUGAAUGGCAAAGUGAAAAAGGGGCUACGUCCACUUCACUAUGCCGCUUUUGUUGACUAUGUGGAAUGCGUAGAACUGCUGAUAAAAAAGGGCGCAGUGGUUAACGUGACGGAUGAUAUCGGGUAUACGCCGCUGCAUCUCUGUGCCAGAAGGGGAUUUGUAAAUACACUAAGAGUCCUCAUUGAUAAUGGAGCAGUUCUCAAUUUCUGUGAUUCUGAUGAAGAAAGUCCCGUUGAUGAUUCUUCAAAAAAUCUUGGCUAUUUUACUCUCGAGCCACUCAACAUGGCUAUUGAAAGUAGUCACGUGGAAUGUGUUCGUCUGAUGCUCGAAAAAGGCGCGAAACCAAACAACAAAUAUUUCAUGGGUUAUGAAGUGAAUUUAGUGUCUUUGGACAAUUUGGAAUGCCUCGAGCUUUUAUUAAAAUAUGGAGGAGAUCCGAAUGCAUUCAGUCGAGUUGGAUUAACUCCCCUCAUGAAAGCAUGUACUGAGGGGAAAUACGAAGCUACGGCUCUACUCCUGACGUACGGAGCGGAUAUCCACAUCGCUAGUCCGGCUCGGUUUGAUCACAAGACUCCCAUCUAUUAUGCAGUCCAAGGUGGGAACACUACUGUGAUUAAAUCUCUACUUGAACGAGGCGCUAGUCUGUCAAAAAUAGAAGAUUUCAAAUAUGCACCAUUGCACAUGGCGGUGAUAUCUGACCGGAAGGAGGUAUGCGAGUUGUUGUUGGAAUGGGGGGCGGAAGUUGACGUCAAAUCUGACGACCAUGGUACGCCUUUGAUGUUAUCUUGCGCAACUCCCGGCUUGAAGGAACGAAAGUCCAUCAUCGAGGUAUUGCUAAAAUAUGGAGGAAAUGCAAAUGCCCAUUCUCCAUUUGUGAGCUAUACGGACCCUUGCUUAUCUCCCCUGACAGAGUACAUAAAAAACAACAAAUAUGAUAUAGACUAUGACGUCAUUCACUUGUUGAUUCGACAUGGCGCUAGAGUAACUUUUCAAGGUGAUAUGACAGUGUUCAGACUAAAAGAUCCAUUCGGAAUUCUCAACUAUGCGAUGAAUGUCGAGACCGAAAAGAACAUCUUUAUGUUUUUGAUUGAGGCCGCAUCUGCGUAUGAUUUGCCUGACAUAAACAGUGCGGAUCUUUUACUGGCCUCGGACAAAAAACUUCUGAAGAAAAUGGCGGGGACACCAAGAGAACUGAAACAUUUAGUUCGUCUGUUUAUAAGAGAUCGCUUUCCAAGCCACUUACCGGAAAAAGUGCAGGAACUACCCCUUCCAAAACUUAUCAAGUCGUACUUGCUUUUUGAUGCCUAAAUUAGUAUUUUAGGCUCGUCUGCUUAUAUGUCUUUCUCAAUUGUUGGCGUCCAUGGAAUGAAAAUAAAACUGUGAUCAAGGUCUUAUGAAUGUUUUUCUAUGCCGCCUUUGUAUUUCUUGAAAAAAAAUAUAUCAGUUUGAGAUACUGUUAAGGGCAUAUUUUAGAGGUAAUCAUAUUUUAUCUCUUUUCGCGACGGAAACAUGAUGCUAUUUGCGUUUAUUGCAAUUUUUACAAUUUUCAUAAAUGCGCUUUAUAUUUUUUUAAAUCCGGAUAUGCGCUAAAAUUUUAGUACGUCAAAUAUAGUACGUUUAGAGUAUGGACUAAUUACACUUCAGAUAGUCUCCUUCAUCAGAGAAAAAUUACCCUAUGGAAACUAAAGUCUACCAUUAGAAAAUUUUCAAAGAGUGGAUACACACACAUUGAUGACGUCAUAAAUAAUAUGCUUCGCACAGUCGGAUCACCUCGUGUCUUUCCGGCAAGCUCAGAAAAAAUACCUGAGGUGUUCCGAUUAAAGCUUCGCAAUGUCAUGGAGGCAGUUUUGCUUGUUUUAAAACGCAAAUAAAGACAAAACGAAA